UGGUAGGCACAAUAUUCUACAGGUGGAAGAACUGCUCCUCCCCUAAGCCAACGGUUCUUACGUUAGCUGAGCUGUUCUGUCGUUUGUACAACUCUCAUUGCCUCCGAUUCGAUCUGAGACCUGACGGUCAACAUACUCAGACUCAUCCUCAGACACAACUCAAUCAAAAACAUUAUUAUUCCCAGUGGAAGGAAAAAAACGAAUAAUUCCCAAAAUGGCAGCAAUCGACCCCAUGAUCCCCUCGCAAUUCGCGUCCGAAGAAGCAGACCCCGAACCAGAACUAGAACCUGGACGCUCGGAACAUCCCACCGAAGAACCAGGCCAAAAGCAGCAGGAGCGGCAGCAGAAGCAACAGCCAGCUAAGGACGCCACAAUCUUGCACCACCACGCCCUCCCCGAACAGCAACCGCUCACCAUGAAAUAUCUCGAGGACGAUGAUAUUGACUACCUUAAGCGUCAGCGUCACAAUGACAAUGACAUCGCGUGCCACAAGCGUCACUAUCCAUUUACCUCCGACACCACCGACGACACCAAGAACAACACCAAGAACACCAACAACACCAACAACACCAACAACACCAAAUACACCACAACAGCUACUGCUACUCCUACUGCAAUUCCCACUCCUACAGAUGCUACUCAAGCAACCGGCCCCCUCUCCCGCCUCACACACCUCAUCCUCGCCCACCCGGUGCUCGCCACCUUCGUGGCCGCACAGGUGCUCUGCUCCGGCAUCCCUGUGUGCCUGUUCCUGGGCGGCGUGCUGGUGGCGGCCUUCAUUGCGGGGGCGGUGUUUGCGGGCUUGGCGAUGUUGGUGAUGGGGCCUGUGUUGGUGGGGACGGGGUGUUUGGGGGUCGGGAUUUGGGGGUUCGGGUGGGCGGUUUUUGUGCUGGGGAGGGUCGUGGGGAGGGUUUUGAGGGGGGAGUCUAUGGAAGUGUUUGGGUGGGGGUUGGGGGUUUGGGGGGGUGCGGAGGGGGACGGGAGGGUCAAGGAUUAG